AAGAGAAGGGGGUGCGCAUUCCCACAUUGGCUGUGUAACCAACUCUAGGGCGCUUUGCGGGACUCCAUAGCCGAACAUGGGGUUCAAUUUUGUCACCGUUUGCGUAAAGUGACUCUGAAGAAAAAAGUCUAUGGAAAAGCGCUUCUGAAACGGGAUAAAGUGUCGGUUUCUGUGCAGAAUUCAGUCAUCUCCAUCCGAGUGCGUCUGCCAGGGAGCAGAGAGAAAGAGAGAAAGAGAGAGAGAGAGAAGGGAGGCUUUACUGGAAACUCAGACUUUCACAGUCCUUGUACACUCUGAGCUCUUCCAAGGGACUGGGAAUCGAGUCAAAAAGUUUCAUGCUGAAUAUUCCUGCAUUAACCUGAGGUCCAGGGUGUAAGGGGAGCAGUCGGUCUCGGAGCUCCAAUGCCAGUGGACAUGCAGCCACACCAGGGGCUGUAUCACUACGAGACCUCACCCAGCCAGCCCUCCAGAGGCCUAGUCCCAUCAGACCAUUCUCCCUACAAUGAUGUGUCCUCUAUGCGUGCCCCGCUCCUCAACGUCCCUCCCCAGGACUGCCGCGCUAUGUAUAAUCCCCUGACUCCCAGUAUGACUCAUGGAUCAGGACCAGGACAGGGGAUUGGCCACUGCAUGGAUCAAUAUAUGAGGCCCCCUCAGGCCCCGCCGCCACACAGUAUUAUGGGCCACAGGGGCAUGCCGCCCACGGAGGGUGGCAAUAGCACCCCCUACUGUAACCAGAACAACAUGAUGUCCUCUCAUCACAACUUCUGCCAGAUUCAGCCCGGCUCUGAUCAGAUAGGCUCAGGAGAUGGCUCAAGGUUCUCCACGCCACGCUCCAUGCUAAAGCUGAGUAAAAAGAGAGCUCUGUCCAUCUCUCCUCUGUCUGAUGCCAGCGUAGACCUGCAGACAGUGAUCCGGACAUCACCCAACUCCUUGGUGGCCUUUGUCAACUCUCGCUGCAACCCCAAUGGGGCCAGUUCUUAUGGCCAUCUCUCUGUGAGCGCCAUGAGUCCGUCCCUGGGCUAUUCCAGCAAUAUAACCUGCCAAUCCAGACAACAAGGUUCCAUCUAUGGAGGAGGCGGGGGGACACCUCUGGGUGGACACACACCAGGCCCCUGCCAAGCUUCCCGUUUACCUCCCCACAAUCCUCGGCUGCACGCUCCACCCAAGCAUGGACAUCUGAAGACAGAGCCAGGACUGGGAAGUGUGAGGGAUGGCAUGAAUGUGAAGAGCCUGGAGGAAAGGUCAGAGGGGGAUGUGGCCAGUCCUUCUUCCACUGGCACUCAGGACCCUUUGCUGGGUCUACUGGAUGGCAGAGAUGACUUAGACAAGGAGGACGGGAAGCCUGAACAAGAGGCCAUCUAUGAAACCAACUGCCACUGGGAGAGCUGCAACAAGGAAUUUGACACACAAGACCAGCUAGUUCAUCACAUCAACAAUGAACACAUCCAUGGAGAAAAGAAGGAGUUUGUGUGUCACUGGCAGGAGUGCUCUCGAGAACAGAGGCCUUUCAAAGCCCAGUACAUGCUGGUGGUUCAUAUGCGCAGACACACAGGAGAGAAGCCACACAAGUGCACUUUCGAAGGCUGUAAUAAGGCCUACUCUCGCCUGGAGAAUUUGAAGACCCACCUGCGCUCUCACACUGGAGAGAAACCAUACGUGUGUGAACAUGAAGGCUGCAACAAGGCCUUCUCCAAUGCUUCAGACAGGGCUAAACACCAGAACCGAACUCACUCCAACGAGAAACCAUAUGUAUGUAAGAUCCCUGGCUGCACUAAGCGAUACACAGAUCCGAGCUCUUUGCGUAAACAUGUGAAAACAGUCCAUGGCCCUGAAGCCCACAUCACCAAGAAGCAUCGUGGAGACACAGGACCUCGACCCCCUGGUUCAGCUAUGACUCCAGGAGGCCAGAGCUCUGAACUGCUACUGGAGAAAGAGGAGACACGCAGAGAGGACUGCAAACUGUUGGCUCCUGAGACUGCUCUGAAAUCCCAGCCAAGCCCUGGCGGUCAAUCAUCCUGCAGUAGCGAACGUUCUCCACUGGGGAGCGCCAACAACAAUGAUAGUGGGGUGGAGAUGAACCUGAAUGCAGCAGGCAGUCUAGAGGAUCUCACAGCACUGGAGGAUGGAGUUUCGGGUGGAGGAGGGGGGGAGCCAGGAAGUGUUGGAGGAACAAUGGGAAUGUCAGCGCAGGCUUUGAAGAGGCUGGAGAACCUGAAGAUUGACAAGCUUAAGCAAAUCCGCCGGCCAACCCCUCCUGCCCGCUGUUCCAAUAACAAGCUACCUGCACUUCCUGGUCCAGGGGAGAAUAUGGGAAUGUGUGCACCUUCUCCACUCCUCUCAAAUCGACGAGUUAUGGAGCUGUCCAAUCACGAGUUAGGAGGUGGCACAUCAAUCGGCUGCUCUUCUAAUGACAGGAGAGGAAGCGGCACCAGCAGCCUAAGCUCUGCAUAUACGGUCAGCCGUCGGUCCUCCAUGGUGUCUCCUUACCUGUCCAGCCGGCGCUCCAGUGAGGUCUCACAAAUGGGAGGAACGGCAGGGGGAGGGUGUCACCACCAUGGUCCAGAGCAGAGCGGAGGAGACCCCCUCUCUCCUGAGACCAAUCGCAGAGGACAUCCUUGUCCUGUAGGAGGGGGAUUGCCAGGUCUUCCUAAUUUAACACCUGCCCAGCAAUACAGCCUCAAGGCCAAAUACGCUGCUGCAACUGGUGGACCACCACCCACUCCUUUACCCAAUAUGGAGCAGACAGGUACUCCAGGCAGAAGAGGAGGUGUUUUAAGUGAGUACCAAGGGCAGCCUCUGCCUCCUUUCCUUCAACAUGUUGGCCCACGUAGGCACAGUGCCAACACAGAGUAUGGAACUGGUGUUAUUUACCCUCACCAGGCUCCAGGUAACAACAGCAGGCGAGCCAGUGACCCAGUUCGAUCAGCAGCAGAUCCACAAGCUCUCCCCAAGCGUUUCAAUAGCCUUAAUAAUGUAGCCAUGAUGGGCCGAAGGAAUGCACUACAGCAUCGUGGCUCUGACACCAGUCUUGCCCGCCACAUGUACUCACCUCGGCCACCUAGUAUUACCGAAAAUGUAAUGAUGGAGGCUAUGGGUAUGGAGCCCCACCUUGCUCCUGCUGAUGCCAUGGAUCGUUCCAUGAUGAUGCCCCCUGGAGAGAGAAGCUUCAUGGGAUACCAGCAACAACAUCAAACCCUUGGAGGAGUCGGAAGUGGAGGUCCUCUUUCAAACCAGCUGUCCCCAAACCAUGACUCUCUGAGUUGCCCAGACCAGGCUUACAUGCAGGGGCACUACCAGAACCAUGGAGGGGAAGUCACUUCCAGGGCUGGUGGAAAUCCAAUAGGCCAAGCAAGGCCUAUUCACUCCGAGGGCAUGUCUAAUACACUUCUCCAACAGGCGGAGUACAGUAUGAGCACCUGCCAGCUCAGUCCCUCAGGCCCCCAUUACCCUAGCAUAGGCCAGGGUGGUGAUGCUGGAGGCCCCUGGAGUGAUACCCACAGCCAAAUCCAAACUUCCAGCCAUGCUCUCCAGAACCAGCGAGGAAUGCAGUAUUCAGAUCCUAGCCUGCAGCCUCAACAGACACAGGCCCACUUCAAUAAUCAGACAGGCCUUUACAACAGUCCUGAUGGAAGCCACAAACUCAUCAUCAAACCUGAGCAGCAGUUCCACCCUGGGAUGGGAGGUGGGGAGGCCUGUCAAAGUGCUAAGCUCCAACAGCAGCGCAUGCUCCUCCAGCAGACUCAGGGUUACCCGCAACAGACAGGCCAGGUCAUGAUGAGGUCCUCUAACAAUCCCAGCUGUGACUUUCCAGGACAGAACCAGAACUCCUUCCCCAGUGGAGGGGGCUUAAGCUUGGGCUGUGCUGGUACUGCUCUUUCAGAUGGACAGAGGUCUGAAACCCCCAUGAUGCAGGUGAAGGAGAUGAUGGUGAGGAACUAUGUACAGUCCCAGCAAGCACUCAUGUGGGAACAGCAUCAAGAACAGCAGCAGCAGAGUGGAAUAAAACCUCCUCCUCUAACUGAUAACAUGGAUAUGAGUGCCCAGACAGCAAUGAUGCAGCACAGUCCACAGCACCAAAACCAGAAUCUUUACUCCAGCCAGCCCUUUCCAUCCUACCCCAACCAGAACCCGGUCAUGAGUCCUCCGGCCCACAGCCGAGGGCCCAGCUCAGCUACACCUAAAGACCAGCAGCUGACCGGUCUCCAAGGCUCCUGUUAUAACCAGGAGCUGGGGGUUCCGAGGCCUCCUCAGGGACGGAAACCUCUUAGCCGCCAGAACAGUCUGUCACAGGUAGGAGGAGUCUAUCUGGGAAGCCCACCCCACCUCAGCCCCGUACACUCCACUUCGAGCCCCAGGCGAGGGGUCCGACUUCCUCCAGUUCAGCAUCCACAGCACCCACAAACUGAAAUGUUUUCUCCUUCCAAUAACAACAACAUGUACUACUCGGGUCAGAUAAACAUGGAUAUGGAGAAACACAUGGAACCCCAGAACGGACCUUGUCUCAACCAGCAGCACAGUAUGGGGCCCAACCUGGACCCAAUAGGUGUCAGAAAGUCUGCCCCCUUGGCUCCUUAUCCCGAAUCUGGCCCUAUCUCCAAUGCCUUAGAAAACCUGGACCUAGACAAUGCUCGCAUAGACUUCACCUCCAUCAUCGAUGAUGCUGAGUCUUCCUCGUUCAGCCCAGUCAACAAUCCUCUUCAGGGUCAACCAGGGUCUUCCUCCCAGACCUCAUCCCGCCUCACAACCCCCCAGACUUCUGUCAGCCUAGCUGCAGGCUCUGGCCUGUCCAACAUGGCUGUGGGCGACAUGACAUCUAUGCUUACCUCGCUGGCUGGGGAGAAUAAAUACCUGAAUACACUGUCUUAGAAGAAGACGAAGGGCCAACUUUUUCCAGACUAACAAUCAAUUAGAGGCCUUAGCCAGUUCCUAAUGUUUUUAUUGAGAUCCCACAUGGAAAUGUAUGUAGCCCAGUAUCCAGAGGAAACCAACCUGGAGUUUAAAACACUUAAUUCCUGUCACUUAUAGUGAUUUUCCCUGGUACACUGCAAGAAAUCCCAGUCAGGGUAAGAUAGACAAACUUUUGAAUUUAUCAUUUCAUGUAAUGGCUCAUUAGUCUUGGCUGUUUUAUACAUCCCUAUAAGCCUUUAUAUAUAAAACCAGUACAUUAACCCUUGUUCGAGCCUUGAUCCUGAACUGGCUAGGGUUCUGUUGCUACUAGAUAUCCAUGUAACAGGAAUAGUUAUAUGUUGUACUGCGUUAGACUAAGCUACUAAUGUGAUUCCAUCACAGGUUUCAAAAUUGUAAGAAUCCCCACCCAAAACCUUAAAACCAAAGGUGCCUGAUCAACCUCCCUCGCUGUAUUGUUCCUUCGCUGCCUUGGUACUUGGUAUUUAUCUGUGCCUUAUUAUAAGACACAGAGCUAUAUGCCUGAUAUGAAAUUGAACUUUUUCCAAACAGGCAUUCCAGUCACGAAACGGCUGUGGCAACAGUGGAGCAGAGAAGGAUGCAUGUAAAUAAGUUUUAUAUACAUUUAUAUAUGUUGUGUAUAUGACAAUGAGACAGUGGAUAAAUCAUUCCCUGUCUUGUGAUAGACUGCUUGGAUUCUGAAGGCCAAUGUUCAGGGUUGGAGUUUGUAAGAUGGUUGUUUCUCAGAGCUGUGUGAAGACUAAAGAUGUGCUUUUAGAGAUGGAGAAAUAAUUUCUCGGUGCUACUAAAUAUUAAUCUGUAUUGCUAGGGAUUUCUUCCUUGUCAUGAACAACACACCUUUAUAGUGGCAUAUCAGUAUUCCCACACAUUGACAAAAAGCAGCCACAGACACACACACACACACACACACACACACACAUAGCCUACACACAGACACUCAGGUCUUGUUGGUGUUUGAAUCUUUGGUGUUCAGAUUACAUGUAUGUUGUAAUUGCCUUUCCAGACAGAGAGUUUGCACUCCACAUGUUUACUGUAAGUGUUCGUGAAGCAGCUGUGUACUUAUGUUUUUUCAGUGGUGUUUAUAACUGCAAAACAGAAAGGGCCUUGCUCUUUUUAAGGUACAUACAUGGGGUAUAAUGAGUAAAGCUCAAAUAAUAUGUGUGCAACAACCCCCUCUACAUUACAGUAUGUCUGAUAUAUUCAAACAUAAUGCCUUCGCUCAACAUUAACCCGACCUACGACUCGUACAUGACUCAGCUGAGGAUGACGGCUAUUUUGAAUGAAACCUGAGUCAGCUGGUUUGUAUCUGUUAAUAGAUCAGUAAUAGUUGCCAAUAUUUGAGAAACUGAGGGACAUUCGUAGUACAGUGCUGCUGCACGUUGGCUCCAAUCCCAUAGAGGAGUUAUUUGGAAAAUUCAGCAUUAUUAAUUCAGGAUAGGUGAUCAUGAAGCAGGAAUUUUAUCAAUCGCUACCACUGUAUUAAAAUACAUAUUGUUAUGUGUACACUGAGGUACUUCUGUGCGACUAUUGAGCGGUUUCAUACGUAAGAAUGUUGCAGGUCUUGGUAGGAGAACUAAUUUUACACUGUGGCUUUGCACUGACUACAGCACUGUGUGGAAAGGUCUCUGUCUCUUAUGACUAUUCACAUGAACCUCAUUUUGAUAGCGAUAAGUAAUCACCACAGUAUUUUUUAAUAGUCAUUCAAGAACACAGCUGAGCACAGCUAGACUCAAUAAGGCCACACUAAAGUAUUGCUGAAGCAUUUUAUGUGACUUUUCAGAAUAAAAUAGUAGCAUCACUUAAAAGUUUACUAAGCAUUAGCGGGAAUGAACAUUUCUUCAUUUUUGAAAAAAUGUACAACCUACCAAAGACACCUUAAAAUUACUGAGAAAAAGAUGCACAAAUAGUCUAUUUUAACACAACACUAACACUAGCAAUAAGGGCAUGAACAUUGACUGAUAGUGCUGUUCUUUAGAAUGUAUGAGAUGUUUUGUAUAAAAUUAUCUUUUUAUAUUAAUGAACUUUAUGGACGUUGCCUUUUAUGUGUGUGUUCUUUUUUUAUAACUGUCAUCCUUCAUUCUGACUUUUUUGCUGGCAAAAGAAUAUCACCUUUAGCAACAGAAAGCUAUAAUAGUAGCAUUAACUAUAAUAGACAAAAGCCAAGUGUUAUAUUUUGUGUACAAUUUUCUACAUUUUUAUACAAAUGCGCUAUAUUUUACCAGUUUAUGAAUAAACAUGUUCAG